AUGUGGCGCGCGGUCGUGCGCGCGUCCGGUCUGUCGUCGCUCCCCGCGGCAGCGCUCGCCGCAACGCUCUCGUCGUGCUCGCACUCGUCAGCCACUGAACCAGUGCAGUGUCUCCCGGACGCACCGCUUCCCGACGCACAGCCCUUCGUACCGCCGUCGGGAGACAAAGUGCGGCUCUCGCGUCGCUUCACGCGCCGGAAACAGAUCAAACACCACCGGUACGUCAUCGUCGGCUCCGGCACGACGGCCAACGCGGCCAUUGAGGCCAUCCGACAGGAAGACCCGCACGCCGACAUUCUCGUGCUCAGCGACGAGAACGCACUGCCGCGUCGCGACUUUGGCGGCUGUCAACCGGCGGCCGACACCGACCGUCAACCCACCGACCAAACCGACGGCCGUCGGCCGCCGCCGGACGAGCCGCUGUCGCCCGCACUGCUCCAGAGCUACAACGAGUGGCGCCGCCACUUGAGCGCGCGGUUCGAGGACGACGUCGCGUCGUCGUCGGCGUCGCGGCCGCCGCCGCUGACGCUGUUGCUGGACAAGCGGCCGCUCGAGUUCGACGUGGAGAAGAACCGCGUGCUGCUGGGCGACGGCACCGACGUGCGCUACGAGCGCUGCCUCGUGGCGUCGGCCGGGCGGCCCAAGCACUUUUACGUGCUCGACAGCGCGCGCGUGUCGUACGCGCUCAAGGACCGCGUGAACACGUGCACGACGCGCGCGGACUUUGGCCGCCUCGAGCAGCUCGCGGCCGCCGCUGCGCCCCACGACGUGCAGAGUGUGCUCGUGAUCGGCGCGGGCUUUCUCGGCUGCGAGGUCGCUUGCGCGCUCGCGACCGACGACCGCCGGCGCCGCGCGCGCCUCGCGACGAAACUCGUGUUUGUCGAGCAGGCGCCGAGCGCGCGGACGCUGCCGCUGUACCUCGCGGAGGAACUCGCGCGGCGGCUCGCGCGCGCCGGCGUGGACGUCGUGCCGGACCGCCUGGUCACGGGCCUGCGGCCGAGCGUCGACGACGAGAACAACGAGAGCGAUUGCGGCGUGACGGUCCACGUGCUCGGGCAGGACAGACCGGAGGCCGCGCUGGACGCCGACUACGUCGUGCUCGCGUCGACGCACACGGACCCGGUGCCGUCGCUCCGCAUGGGCCGCGCCACGCGCGCCGGCGGUGGCCUCGAGCGCGACGAGAAGAACGGCGGACUGGUUGUGAAUGCACAGCUCGAGGCCGUGUCGGGGCUGUUUGUUGCGGGCAACGCCGCGAGUUACUACGACCCGUACUUGGGCCGCCGCCGGGUCGACCGGUACGACCACGCGGUCAAUAGCGGGCUGACGGCCGGCCGGAACAUGGCGCGGUCGCUCGUGGGCACGGGCAAGAUGAAGGUCUAUCGGCACCAGCCGCUGUUCCGCAGCCACCUCCCGGGCAUUGGCGUGCUCAUGGAAGGGAUUGGCGAAGUGGAUUCGUCGCUGCGGACCGUUGGCGUGUGGGUGCGGCCGCCCGGCACCGGGACGGACGUUGACGGCGCGCGCGGCAUGUCGUAUGAACGCGGCGUCGUGUACUACCUCAAGGGCAACAAGAUCAUGGGCAUCUUGCUCUGGAACGCGUCGGACGUGCUGGAGAGCGCGCGGCAGCUGAUGCUGUCGAGACCGGAGAUCCGCGACAAUGUCGUGGAGGAGCUGAAGCACACGAUUUUGCUGGCGCCGAACGACUGGCUGCAUGUGCUGUCGACGUGA